AAAUAAACAUUUCAUUUUUAUUAAAGAUAAUCUCAAAAAAAACAUUCUUAUCUUCGUCUGUGCAAAAUAUAAAGGUUAAUUUCAUCUAAUUUCAUCUGAUUUCUUUGUAACAGUAAAUAAAUAUAUAUUUACUUUUAAAUCCAAAAAAAGAGAAACCUUGUUAUUGUGUGUAUGUAUGCCUAUAAAUGAGAAGUCAUGUAAAAAAAAUUCGGAAAAUCGAUUUUUUUCUUUCUCACCUGAUGUUGAAGGUCAGCAUAGUACUUUUUAUUUCCGAUACGCGUUUCAUAACUUUUGUUUUGUUUGUUCUUUCAAACCUUUUUUCGUGAUAUAAUUAUUAGAUCCAUCAUCGAAUGGUUUUACAAAAUUUGUCAAAAUCGUUAAAAUGAAACUAUAUUAUAGAAAAAAAAAAAUAUGUUUGAAA